AUGCAAGUAUUCGUUAAAACACUCACAGGCAAAACUAUAACCCUCGAAGUUGAAUCACAAGACACUAUCGAUAACGUAAAGACUAAGAUUCAAGAUAAGGAGGGUAUCCCACCUGAUCAACAGCGCCUCAUUUUCGCUGGUAAGCAGCUCGAGGAUGGUAGAACCCUCGCAGACUACAACAUUCAAAAGGAGUCCACCCUUCAUUUGGUUCUCCGUUUGCGUGGCGGUAUGCAGAUCUUUGUAAAGACCCUCACCGGAAAGACUAUUACGCUCGAAGUUGAAUCACAAGAUACCAUUGACAACGUAAAAACUAAGAUCCAAGACAAGGAAGGUAUUCCGCCAGACCAGCAACGUCUCAUCUUCGCUGGCAAGCAGUUGGAAGAUGGCAGGACUCUUUCUGAUUACAACAUCCAAAAGGAGUCCACCCUUCACUUGGUCUUGCGUUUACGCGGUGGUAUGCAAAUCUUCGUCAAAACUCUUACCGGUAAGACAAUAACCCUUGAGGUUGAGUCACAAGAUACCAUAGACAACGUCAAGACCAAGAUCCAAGAUAAAGAAGGAAUUCCUCCAGACCAGCAACGCUUGAUUUUUGCUGGAAAGCAACUUGAAGAUGGUCGUACACUUUCUGACUAUAAUAUUCAAAAGGAGUCCACCCUCCACUUGGUUUUAAGAUUGCGUGGUGGUAUGCAAAUCUUCGUCAAGACACUCACUGGCAAAACUAUCACGCUUGAAGUCGAGUCUCAAGAUACGAUUGACAACGUCAAGACUAAAAUCCAAGACAAAGAAGGUAUUCCACCAGAUCAACAGCGUCUAAUUUUUGCUGGAAAGCAACUUGAAGAUGGUCGUACACUUUCUGACUAUAAUAUUCAAAAGGAGUCCACCCUCCACUUGGUUUUAAGAUUGCGUGGUGGUAUGCAAAUCUUCGUCAAGACACUCACUGGCAAAACUAUCACGCUUGAAGUCGAGUCUCAAGAUACGAUUGACAACGUCAAGACUAAAAUCCAAGACAAAGAAGGUAUUCCACCAGAUCAACAGCGUCUAAUUUUUGCUGGAAAGCAACUUGAAGAUGGUCGUACACUUUCUGACUAUAAUAUUCAAAAGGAGUCCACCCUCCACUUGGUUUUAAGAUUGCGUGGUGGUAUGCAAAUCUUCGUCAAGACACUCACUGGCAAAACUAUCACGCUUGAAGUCGAGUCUCAAGAUACGAUUGACAACGUCAAGACUAAAAUCCAAGACAAAGAAGGUAUUCCACCAGAUCAACAGCGUCUAAUUUUUGCUGGAAAGCAACUUGAAGAUGGUCGUACACUUUCUGACUAUAAUAUUCAAAAGGAGUCCACCCUCCACUUGGUUUUAAGAUUGCGUGGUGGUAUGCAAAUCUUCGUCAAGACACUCACUGGGAAGACAAUUACACUCGAGGUUGAAUCACAAGAUACUAUCGACAACGUAAAAACAAAGAUUCAAGAUAAAGAAGGGAUUCCACCCGACCAACAGCGUCUCAUUUUUGCUGGAAAGCAGCUUGAGGAUGGUCGCACACUUUCUGACUACAACAUCCAGAAAGAAUCAACACUUCACUUGGUGUUGAGAUUACGCGGUGGUAUGCAGAUUUUUGUCAAGACGCUCACUGGAAAGACGAUAACGCUUGAAGUUGAAUCACAAGAUACCAUUGACAACGUAAAAACUAAGAUCCAAGACAAGGAAGGUAUUCCGCCAGACCAGCAACGUCUCAUCUUCGCUGGCAAGCAGUUGGAAGAUGGCAGGACUCUUUCUGAUUACAACAUCCAAAAGGAGUCCACCCUUCACUUGGUCUUGCGUUUGCGCGGUGGCCAAUCAAUGUAA